AUGGCUCUCUCUGUACGUGGCCUAGCUGGGGCGAGUAUUGGCGCAUUGGGUGCGCUCAAUGGUUACUGGGGUCAAAAGUCGAACCACGCACUGCGAGCCUACUGUGAUGGUGGAAUCAGCUCUAUUACCCUCGGCUUCAUCAACUCGGCCCCUGAGCAUGACCCGUCCACACUCGAAUAUCCCGGUAUCAACUUUUCCUCACACUGCUGGGCAGAGGCCUUUACGGACGCGAACCACGUCGCUUCGCCUCUUUACAGCCAUUGCCAGAGCCUGAAGACCGAUAUCCCAUAUUGCCAGUCCAAAGGUGUCAAGGUCAUUCUCAGUAUCGGUGGCAUGUACAGUUUCAAGAACAAUUACAGGGUCUCGUCAACAACCAAGGGCGAACAGUUUGCCGAGAAAGUGUACCAGAUCUUUGGUCCCUACAACCCGGCGGCCAAUGUCGCCCGGCCCUUCGACUCCGACAACCAGCACGUGGCAGUUGACGGCUUCGACUUUGAUCUUGAAAUCGACCUCGAUAACAAGCCCUACAUCGCUAUGAUUAACAAGCUUCGAACCCUGGACAAGUCUCUCAUUAUCACCGCUGCCCCGCAAUGCCCCUUGUCCACGACCCCUAACGAUAUGAUGGAUAUCCUCAAGGAGACAUCUUUGGACGCGCUCUUUAUUCAGUUCUACAACAACCCCGUCUGUGACUACGUCACCGAUGGGAAAGGCGAUAAGUUCAACCUUGACGAAUGGGUCACCUUUAUGGCGAAGAGCAGAAAGAGCCAAACUGCGAAGCUCUAUGUCGGCCUUCCUGGCGGCCCGACGUCGGACUCCGCUACUUCUGGUUACAUAACGCCUGACCAAGUUAAGGACCUGGUGUGCAAGUACAGCACCAGAACGCCGCACUGGGGUGGUAUCUCAAUUUGGGAUCUGGAUACCGCGGCCGCCAAUAUCAUCGGGGGCAAGGACUACAGCCAGCACGUUGCCGAAGCUCUCAAGUACGGCUGCGGACCUGUUCCCACGACCACCAGCACGACCGUCUCGUCUACCAAGACUUCGUCUAGCUCGACCACCAAGAGUAGCUCGACGACUACCAGCAGCACGACCAAGGCCAGCUCCACCACGUCCAGCUUGACCAGCAGCACCUCCGUGAGCAGCAUCUCCAAGGCCAGCUCGACGACAGCCAGCAGCUCCACGACGCCUAGCUCGACCACCAGCAGCACCUCCAAGCUUAUCUCGACCGCCAGCAGCAUUUCUGUGGCCAGCUCCACCACUGUUCGCAGCGCCACCGAGUCCAGCUCUAGCAGCACCAAGGCGUCGUCUAGCAGCUCUACCAAGGCCACCUCCAGCACCGCCAAGGCCACCUCCGUCAUCACCGCGGACGUUACCACUUCUCCUUCCGUCCCGACCUCCACGCCGGUGACCAGCAUCGUGUCCAGCGCGACCAAGUGGUCCAACUCGACCAUCACCUCGGGCACUGUCUCCAUGACGACGAGCACGGUCUACACCACGUCGGUGCACACCGUGACCAAGUGUCUUCCCUACGUGACCAACUGUCCCACCGGCGGCUAUGUCACGACUGAGACGAUCCCGCUCUACACCACCGUCUGCCCCAUCACGGAGACGCCCAAGCUGCCCAAGCCGUCUCAGACCAAGACCUCGGCGGCGUGGACCACGAGCACCGUCUACACCACCAAGGUCCACACCGCGACGGCCUGCCCGCCCCAGGUCACCAACUGCCUCGGCCGUGUCACCACCGAGACCAUCCCGUGGUACACGACUAUCUGCCCCGUCACGGAGACGGAGAGAGGCAAGGUGCCGCAGCGCACUCCCAGCGUGCCCGGCGGCGUCAACCCGCCCCCGGUGGAAAGCACCUCCACCACGUCCACCAUCACCGAGACGGUCACCAUUUCCGCCAAUCAGACCACCGGCGUGACGCCCAAGCCGAGCUGCUCCGGCCCCGGCUGCCCCGGCGUCUCGUCCGGCGUGGCCUUGCCCACACUGAGCUGGGCCACCACCGCGGUUCCCCUCUCCACCCCCGGCGGCCUCUCGGCCGUGCCCAGCAACCCCGUCCAAGCCGGCGCCUCCACACUGGCCAUCAGCCUGAGCGGCCUGAUCGCCAUGGUCGCAUUCCAGGUGUUUGCUCUGUAA